AAACAACUCACAUGUUACAUGCACAUCCCAGAAAGGAUUCCUUCUAUUUAUAUACGUAUGUAGAUAUUCAUUCAAUGAAGUCAAGGGUACUUUCAUUUCAACCCUUUAUCACCGAAAUAACCCAACGGUUUUUCUGCCUUUAACUCAAUGUUCGACCGGACUACUGUUAAAAGCGGUUUUGUAAAGGGGAAUUUUAAUAAAUAUUUGUCUUUUAAUAUUUUUUCCAAAAAUUAAACUACAAUUUAUAUAUUCGACGAAACGAUAUUUUUGGAAUAUAUUUACGAAUAAAUCAAUUUGAAACAAAAAACAACAUUCUCAAUUAACAAUUUUGUUAAGUUACAUACAACGCAAUAUCGGUGUCGAAUAAAAACUUACAAUGCGGCGUGGAAUGAAUAUUUCAUUUAGUGUUGAAGCCAAAAGGAUGAAAAUGAUUUCCGGAUUACAGAGCCAAACUGUGGAAUUGUCGUGGGACAUCAAAGAUUUCAAAACGCUGCAAGAACUUCCAGAGGAGUUGGAACAGGUCCGAUUUCCGUUCGAAAAUGGGGCCGAAAUCGGAAUGAAGUCCACGUGGGAAUUUUCCUUUCGUAAAGGAACCAAUGGCAAGAUGGAAUUUUGGCUGGAAAUGUUGACGUAUGAGGGGGAGGAUGCCAACGUAGAUGUCUUGGGGCGAUGUGAAGCAAAGCAGUUGAAGAACAUUAAGACUCCAGACGGCAGACCAUUGUUUACGGACAGGGGAUUGUUGAAUGUACAAUUGAUGAAGGAUAUGGGAAUCAUUAAUCAAGGGAAUUUAUGCAUAGUACUUAUGACGUGAUUAUCUACAUGACUUAAAGGGUCGUGAAUGUGAUUAAGUUUUAGGUCUCAUUACAUUUCUUAAGUGUUAGGGGAUCUAAAAACGGGUUUUAUAAUUUUAUAGGCUAAAACCCGGUUCUCGAUUUAACCGAAAAGCGGUUUUAAAUUUGACCUGAAAACUGAAUUUACUACUCUCGAAAACUCGAGAUUUAGUGAAAUAAUAAUUGGUUUGGCCCUACUAAAUGGGUAUUUACCCUUCCUUGUUUUUCAUUUUGUUGUUCUUAAAUAUUCUUUUUCCAAAUUG